AUGAAGAUUAUUGACAAGAUUCAUGCAAGCAUCGAACGACAGGAGAUUUUCUAUUCGUUCGAGUUCUUUCCGCCUAAGACGCCCGCAGGCGUAGACAACUUGUAUGCGCGCAUGGAUCGCAUGGCCGCGUUGGAGCCGCUCUUUUGCGAUAUGACGUGGGGUGCUGGUGGUUCCAGUGCGCAGCUCACACUGGAACUUAGCGCCAACGCGCAGAAUCUCAGUGGACUAGAGAUGCUUAUGCAUAUGACGUGUACCAACAUGACGGAGAACGACAUUAAGAAGGCACUGGACCAGGCCAAAGACGCCGGUAUCCGGAACAUCCUGGCACUGCGAGGAGACCCUGCACGAGGUGCUGCUAGUUUUGACGAGUGUAAUCGCGGCUUUUCUUAUGGCGUGGACCUUGUUCGCUAUAUGCGCAAGAACUAUGGUGACCAUUUCUGUAUUGGUGUCGCGGGAUAUCCCGAGGGCCACGCAGAGAGUCAAGAGGACAAGGAGGCCAAUAUUCAGUAUCUUAAGGAAAAAGUGGAUGCUGGAGCGGACUUUGUAAUUACACAGCUCUUUUACGAUGUGCAGGCGUUCCUGAACUUUGUUAAGCAGUGCCGUGCUGCAGGCAUUACAGUGCCUAUCAUCCCAGGUAUUAUGCCAAUUCAGAACUAUGGUGGCUUUGAGCGCAUGACGUCUUUUUGCAAGACGUUUGUGCCUGAGGAAGUACGCAAAGCUUUGGCGCCUAUUAAGGACAAUGACGAAGCCGUCAAGGACUAUGGUGUACAGCUUGGCAUUACUAUGAGCCAACAGUUGAUUGAUGCUGGUGUGCCUGGUUUACAUUUCUAUACGCUCAACUUGGAGCGAUCCGUGCGUCGUAUCUUGGAAGGGCUUUCGUCAUUAUCUAGCCGUGUACCACGUCGUGAAUUACCUUGGCAGACGUCAACGCUGUCAAAGCGCGCGUCCGAGAGCGUACGUCCGAUCUACUGGUCCAACCGACCUAAGAGCUAUGUUCAUCGCACGGCUAUGUGGGACGAGUACCCAAAUGGUCGUUGGGGUAACAGUGAAAGCCCCGCGUUUGGAGAACUCACGGAGUCACACUUUGCGCCAUCUUAUACGUGGACGCCCAUCGAGCGCCGCGCAAUGUGGGGUGACGCACCUGCUACGAAGGAAGACAUUCGCCGCACGUUCGUACAGUAUGUGCGUGGUGAAAUAGUAAGCCUGCCAUGGUGUGAUGCUGCGCUGCACGCCGAGACGUCGUCCGUCCAGCCGGAGCUCGCCGCUGCCAACUCUGCCGGAUUCUUAACGAUUAACAGUCAGCCGCGCGUGAACGGUGUGUUGUCCGAUGAUCCGAUGUUCGGUUGGGGUGGACCCGGUGGCCGCGUAUAUCAGAAAGCGUACGUAGAAUGUUUCGUGUCGCCCGAAAAUAUGAAGAUAAUUAUCGAUAAUGCUGCCAAGAAGCGUUCAGUGCAAUACCACGCUGUGAACCUAAAAGGUCACUCGUACUCGAACGCCAGCAAAUCGGCUGUAGCCGUGACGUGGGGUGUGUUCCCCAACAAGGAGAUCCUGCAGCCUACGAUCGUGGACAGUAGCAGUUUCUUGGUGUGGAAGGAUGAAGCGUUCGCGUUGUGGCUCAAGCUAUGGGCUUCGCUGUACGAGGAGGGCAGUCAAUCGUCCAAGCUGUUGCACGAGAUCCACGACACGUACUUUUUGGUGAGUAUCGUGGACAACGACUUUGUGAAGGGCAAUAUCUGGGACUUGUUCAAAACUUCGAUCUCUCCGGCCACAUCGCCGUAG